CUAGAAGAAAAAACAAAAAUACAUCCGCUUCUCAAUGGGUGUCCAGAAGUGGCUGAACCUUCAAAAAAUAGCAAAGGUUUCUUCUUCUUCUUUUUUUUUUUUAAAAAAAUGAAGAUUCUUAAAUAUUUUCGUAAAUUUUCGACUUUUCAUACACCCAAAAAUACCCAUCAAAGAAAAUUGGACCCAAUUCCAUUGCCUCACAGAACAAUUUCUGAACCCAAAGGUCAAGAUCUUGAUUUUGUUAAUGUAGCUCAUAGUCACCUUAUACAUUUUGAUUGGAUUAAGCUUGAGAAGUUGUCUUCUGGUUUAACCCCAUUUAGAGCUAAGCAUAUUUUAUUGAAAAUUCAAAAAGAUUAUGUUUUAUCACUUGAAUUCUUUAAAUGGGUUGAGGUUAAAAACCCGAGUUCGAAUACCCUUGAGAAUCAGUGCAUUGUUCUUCAUGUACUUACUAAGAGUAAGAAGUUUAAAUCCGCUGAAUUAAUUUUGAGGAAGCUUCUUGAAUCAGGUGAAGUAGAUUUUCCUGAUAAAUUAUUUGAAGCUAUACUUUUAUCGUACCGAAUGUGUGAUUCGUCGCCACGUGUUUUUGAUUCAUUGUUUAAGUGUUAUGCUCAUUUGAAGAGGUUUAGGAAUGCCAGUGAUACAUUUUGUAGUAUGAAGCAGUAUGGCUUUGUUCCCACUGUUGUGUCUUGCAAUGCAUUCGUGAGCUCAUUGCUUAGUUUGGAUAGGGUAGAUAUUGCGUUGUGGUUUUAUAAGGAGAUGCGUCGUUCAAGGAUUUCGCCUAAUGUUUAUACGUUUAAUAUGGUCAUGAGUGCUUUAUGCAAAUCGGGGAAACUAGAAAAGGCUGUUGAGGUCUUAAGGGAGAUGGAGGACAUAAGCUUGAAACCUAAUGCUGUGUCUUAUAACACUUUGAUUGCUGGACAUUGUAACCGGAACCUCUUGAGUGUUUCAAUGAAACUUAAGACCGUGAUGGAGAAGAAUGGUGUAAAUCCAGUUGAUGUUACAUACAACACUCUUAUUCAUGGUUUAUGCAAGGCAGGGAAAUUACAUGACGCAAACAAACUUUUCAGCGAGAUGAAGAGAACCGGUGUGGCUCCAAAUGUUGUCACUUAUAAUACGCUGAUUAAUGCAUAUAGUCAGGCUGGUAAUUCUGAAAUGGGGAGUAGGCUUUUUGAGGAGAUGGCAAACAAUGGAUUGAAGGCUGAUAUCUUGACUUACAAUGCAUUGAUUUGGGGACUGUGCAAGGAGGGGAAGACAAAGAAAGCUGCAUUUUUGGUCAAAGAACUUGAUAAGGCAAACCUAGUUCCUACUUCCUCUACUUUCUCUUCUCUGAUUAGUGGACAGUGUGCCAGUAGGAAUCCUGACCGUGCAUUUCAACUCUACAAAAGCAUGGUUAGAGGUGGUUUUCACCCGAAUAAGUCCACUUUGACUCUAUUAGCAUCCACCUUCAUCAAGGAUGAGGAUUAUGAUGGAGCAAUGGAAGUCUUGAAAGAGAUGCUAGAAAGAUCUAUUACCCCUGACUUACAUAUGUUAACUGAAAUAUGCAGCAUGCUUCUCAGUUGUGGAGAAGAAGGAGCGAUCAUAAACCUCUUACAAGAAAUAGAAGCUAGACGCCUCAUGCCCGAAGGUUUUGAUAAAGCAAAAGUAAUUCGGUCUACAGACUGAAGAUAGAAUGUAAUUUCUUUUACAAGAAAUAGAAGCUAGACGCCUAAUGCUUCCCAGCAGUAACAUUUGGUCCUCCGUGCAAAAACCCGUCUGGUACACACCCGAUAGAAGAAAUUGGGGUAUGUGGUGAGUAACUAUAUUCAACAAUCAUUUGCCAACGUCGUUCCUAAGCCUUUCUAAGUAAAGGAGGAUGUUCAGUCCCAAGCAACUUUAUCAGUACUCUUUUUCAUUCUACGAACGGAAGAUAGACUGAUUAAGUUCUGAAUAAAUCAGAGAAGCGUGUGGAAAGAAUGAAGCAAGCUCCAAAAGUUUUGAUGAUGAGCAGCUAACUGCAAGGGACCAGGUCUCUGGAUGUUCAUGGUACAGUACAGCUGGCACGCGUGACUGCACAGUUUUGUCCUCUUGUGUAACAAACUUGCAGGUGUUGCUUGUAUUUAUUAGGACAACUAGUCCAAUGAUAUUUCAGCCCUAAUCAUCACUCAUCUGUAAAAGGAGAAAGAUGCUUCUUCAUCAAAUGGUUUUUGGCAAUUACAAAGAGUAAAGAGAGGCAGCAAAACCCCCAUUUCAACACUGCUCAAGUUCUUAGCUGUUUAUGUGCUUAAAUAGAAAUUGUUCUUAAGUGAGUUCUGACUUGUAAACGAAUUACUCAUGUUAUAAGAGUAAUGGAUCUUUCUCUUUGAGUAGAGAGUGCUUAGGUAGAGUUGCCUAAGUUUGAUACUGAUUAGAGUUAAUUAGUGAAGAGAGUCCUUGGCUGAGUUGUCAAGAUGAGCUUGUAGUAGAGUUAUUACAAGCGAAAGGAACCUAGAGUUAGGUUCAUUGAAGGCUGUAAUCAAGAGUUUGAUUAUAGUGGAUUUGGAGCUGCUUGUGAGGGCAAGCCGUGGUUUUUCCCUUCCGUGAGCAAGGAGGGUUUCCACAUUAAAUUUUAUGUAUUGUUACUUUCCUGCACUGUCUUAAUUUUCUAGCACCUCAUAGUUGCUUUACUGUUCUAUUGCUUGUGAUUGACUUUGAGGGACCUGGUUCUUGUCUGUGUGGUGUAACCCACAAGGGUUCCAACAAUUGGUAUCGGAGCAAGUUCACUCUAAAAGGUUCAUAGCUAGAGUGUUUUGGUCAUCAUGGCUGUUAUAAUUGAACUAAGGGUGGAAAGAAAGGAAGCAAAAAGAGAGAUAUUCAUGACCUUGAAGGUUUUAGAGUCUGACCCAGGUAAAGAAGACACGGAUGUUGCACUUUUGGCAACAAGAAUUGUUAGAGCUAUAAAAAGGGGUGGUUAGCUUAGCAAAAGAAGUGAUAAGAUUGAAGGUUGUCACAAAGAUAGUAGCUCUGAGGCAUUCACUAGAAACUACCAAGCGCAAAAGUACAAUCAGAAUCCUGAAAAAUCAAGAAGAAAGGAUGCAGCUAGCUGUAUAAUAAAGAAGGAGGUGGCUGCAUGGGUAGACUCCUCAUAUAAAUUUGAGAAAGCCAAGGAGGAUGGAGAUGGUUUUAUGCUGAAACAUGGUGAGAAGAAAAUAAUCUCAGGAUCCUGUAGUUCUCUAAUGGCCACUACUGAAAAUAGAAAAAAAAUGUGGUAGAAAAGGGGGAUGACAACCAAAACUGGUUAUGGAUAGUGGUUGUUCUAGACACAUGACUGGGAGGGUUGAUUGUUUUCUCUCCUUCAAGGCACUUCAAUGGGGAGGUGUGUCUUUUGAAAAUUGCAAAAAGGUUACAUCCAAGGUGUUGGAGAGAUUGGAAAAUCACCUCAUCGCGCAAUAGAAGAUGUGUAUUAUGCGAAUAGGCUAAAGUAUAGUCUUCUAAGUGUAUCUCAAAUCCGUGACAAAGGAAAUGAGGUAAAAUUCUCAUCUGAUGGAUGCACUGUAUCAAGCAUGAAAUCUGGAAGGAUUAUUCUCAAAGCCAAAAGGAUCAAGAACAUGUAUGUAGCUAUUUGGAGUCUGUGGUUGAUAGGGAAUUAGCUUGUUUAAGUGCACAAGGUGAAGAUGCUAAUUUGUGGCACAGAAGAUUGGGGCAUGUGAGUUUCUCUUUGUUAAUCAAGUUGAUUUCAAGGGAUUUGGUCUGUGGCCUGCCAAGGCUGAAAUUUCCAGACAACAAAGGUUGUGAUGCUUGUGUUAAAGGUAAACAAACCUGAUCCUGCUUCAAAUUGAAGAAGCAAGUAAGUACUUCCAGACUUCUUGAAAUACUUCACAUGAAUUUAUGUGGACCUAUUAAAGUCCAUAGUAGAGGAGGGAAGAAAUAUGUGCUGGUUAUUGUAGAUGACUAUUCCAGGUUCACCUGGACAAUGUUUAUAAGAACCAAGGAUGAAACAUGUGGGGUUCUUGUGGCUUUUGCCUAGAAAAUCCAAGUCGCCUAUCGGCUGAUUCUAUUGCCUGCUGGUUAGCGAAACUUUUCCGGUAGUACGAAUCGCUAUGCUUCGCCUCUUUCUAUAUGAUAAUAUCCAUCUUGGUUGCUGCGCUCUCUACGGGUAAUAGCAAGAGUGAAUAACGAAUGAUCCUCCAAACUCAAAGAGUGAUUGAGUCCGACUCAAGCGAGUGAGUAAAAGGCAUGGCAAGAGAGUGAGUUCGACUCGCGAACGAUCAGCAAGUGAAGGACCGAUCCUUUUGCGCCAAUACUGUUGCAAGACUGGUACUUGGGUCUCACGAGCAACAUAUAGACGAGUCUAAAUUGCAAAAUUGUAGAAUUUAGGUCUGAUCACGAGAUCGAAUUUGAGAAUUCUCAAGUUAAUGAAAUCUGUGUUGACCAUGGAAUAAUUCACAACUUUUCUGCUCCCAGAACUCCUCAACAAAAUGGAGUUGUUGAAAGGAAAAACAGAACUCUCAUAGAGAUUGCUAGGACUAUGCUAAUUGAUAGUGGUCUUCCAAAGAGUUUUUGGGCUGAAGCAGUGAAUACUGCUUGCUAUGUGACUAACAGGUGUUUGAUUAGAUCACUUCUGAAUAAAACUCCAUAUGAGCUGGUAACCAAUAGAAAGCCAAGAUAGACUACUUCAGACUUUUUGGAUGCAAAUGUUUUGUGCUAAACAAUGGGAAGAGAGAAUUCGGAAAAUUUGAUUCCAAGAGUGAUAAAGCUGUGUUUGUAGGCUACUCAUCAACUAGCAAGGCUUACAAAGUGUUCAAUAAAAGAACUCUGUAUGUUGAAGAAAGUAUUCAUGUGAUCUUUAAUGAGUUAGGAAGUCAAAUGAACACUGGAGAUGGUGAAAGUUCAAAAGGUGAAGAACUCAUUAAUGUUCAAAGGGAUGUUAUUACUGAAGAGGAUGAUCAAGGGAUUAAUGAUGCAGAUGACAGUAAUGACAGUGAUGAUGAUCCAGGAUUUCAGUCACAAAUUCCACCUCUAUUAGAAGAACAACCAGAGGAAACCAGUCAGAAGAGACCUGAUCCCAGUGGUAUCAAUCUCAGAAGGCAAAAUUGGAGGCAUAAAUCCUCUCAUCCCCUUAAAAACCUGACUACCCCUCUGGAAACUGGAGUUCAAAUAAGAGCUCAAGCGAGGAAUGCUAUGGCAUUUUCAGCCUUCUUGUCCCAAAUUGAGCCCAAGAAUGUAAAAGAGGUCCUGAAAUAUGCUGAUUGGAUUAAUGCGAUGCAGGAAGAAUUUCAUCAAUUUGAAAAAAGCAAAGUGGCAUUUGGUCCCCAGCCUAUUGACAGAAUAAUUAUUGGACCAAAUGGGUGUGCAGGAAUAAGCAAGAUGAAAAUGGAACUAUCAACAGAAACAAGGCAAGGCUGGUUGUUCAAGGUUAUAACCAAGGAAAAAGGGAUUGACUAUGAUGAGACUUUGCUCCUGUAGCAAGAAUAGAGGCAAUCAAAAUUCUUGUUGCAUUUGUUGCAUAUAUGGGAUUUAAACUGUUUCAAAUGGAUGUCAAAGGUGUCUUCCUAAAUGGAAACCUGAAAGAAGAAGUCUAUGUCCAACAACCUCCAGGCUUUGAAGAGGCUUUGAAGAUGCAGACCCAUCAUGUACUUAAAUUGGAUAAAGCUCUUUAUGGUUUGAAGCAAGCACCAAGGGCAUGGUAUAAGAGACACUUAAAGUUUCUCCUGGAAAAUGGCUUCAAAAGAAAAAAAAUAGAUAAUACUCUGUUCUUAAAUACCAGAGGUAGCAGCCUAUUGAUUGUCCAGAUAUAUGUUGAUGACAUAAUCUUUGGAGCUACUUCUGAAUCCCUAUGUGACGAAUUUGCUAAGCUAAUGGGGAGUGAAUUUGAGAUGAGUAUGAUAGGUGAAUUGAGCUUCUUCCUAGGCCUUCAGAUUAAGCAAAUUCCUCAAGGGACUAUGAUUUGUCAAGAGAAGUACAUCAAGGAGCUACUGAAGAAGUAUAACAUCGGAGAUGCCAAGCCAGAUGAUACUCCGAUAGGAACCAACUCUAAAAUGAACAAUGAUGAUUUAGGUCCUUUAGUGAAUGAGACAAUGUAUAGAGGGAUAAUUGGAUCCUUGUUAAAUCUCACUUCAAAUAGGCCUGAAAUUGUUUUCAGUGUAGGAAUGUGUGGCAGAUUUCAGGCAUGCCCAAAGAAGUCCCAUUUGAAAGCUACAAAAAGAAUUCUCAGGUAUCUGAAGGGGACAGGGGACCUAGUCCUAUACUAUCCAUCGACAGACAGUUUUGACUUGGUGGACUAUGCUGAUGCUGACUAUGCUGGACAUUUGGUAGAUAGAAAAAGCACUUCAGUAAUGACACAUUUUCUUGGCUCAUUCUUAAUCUCCUAGGGAUCUAAGAAGCAAAACUCAGUUGCUCUAUCUACUAUUGAGACUGAAUAUGUUAUUGCUUCUUGUUGUGCACAACUAUUAUGGAUCAAGUAGCAAUUGAAAGAUUUUGGUAUUGUCUCAAACACUAUCCCUCUAAUGUGUGACAACACAAGUGCUCUAAACAUGGCCAAGAAUCCAGUGCAGCACAAGAGGACUAAGCACAUUGAUGUAAGGCAUCACUUCCUAAGAGACAAUGUUGAGAAAAAGGCAAUUUGCAUGAAGUUCUGCAAGACUGAGGAUCAGAUAGCAUAGCAGAUAUCUUUACUAAGGCACUUCACAAGGAACAAUUUGUGAAGAAUAGGCUGAAGUUAGGCCUGAUCAAAAUGACCUAACCUACUAUGUGAAUCAGUAGUUCUCCACAAAAUUGGCUAUAAUCAGGAGACAGGUAUCCUUAGUAAAGUAUGUAGUUGUUAGUCUAAUUCAAUAUCAUACCUUUGCAGGUAUACACCCAUGGGAACAACUUUGGAAGAAAACAGAUGAAGUAUGCACAAAUUUGAGAAAUCACUUAAAGAAAGAGAAGGACCUGGUCCCAACUCUUAGGUUAGUAUCAUGAAUGUGCAUGUUUCUCUUGUUCUGAUAGAAAAGGCCACAUCCUUUCUCUCCGUGUUAGAAAAUCUGUUUUAGGAAAAAUUGAAAUCAAAUUCAUCUUUAGAGUAACUCUAUGGACCUUGCCCAACUCAACUAUCCUAAUUAUACAAAGACAAAUCCUUUCUUCGCUUACCCCUCCAAUAAAGAUCCAUCUCUGAAAAUACAUUAUCCCUUUGAUAGUGUGAAAGGAAGUUUGGAUGAUCCGUGAAACAAUUUAACAAGCCUGAAAACAAAAAGUCUUCUGAGUGAAUUCUGGAAAUCCUAUUAAAAGGCACCGGAUUUCGGGGGGAACUGGUCCCAGAAGAAGAGAAUGUCUGAUGAUAAACCUAGUAGGGCUUGUAACAGAAGUGAAACAAGACUAAUGCUUGAAAAAUUCAGAAAUUUGAUGAGUGCUGGUGCAAAAUCAGAAAAUGCAAAACUUGGGAAUGAGGAAAUGAUGAACUCAAGAUGAAGGGUAUAAUUCUAAUCAAUGAGGCCACUAAGAUUGAAUUGUUACACUAUCCUAAGAUGACCUUACUUCUCCAAGUCUUCUCCUCAAAUCCUCCAUAUUUUUUCUCCAACUUCUGUGGCUUUUUCUAUGGAACUUGAAUUGUAAUCUUGGCACUGAAAUGAUACAUAAUCUGUUGAACAUGAAUGAGUCCUUGCUUUUGUGCGCUUUAUCUGAUUCUACCUUAAAAAUGUUCUUCAUCAUAAUGUUGCCCCAGUGACCAUGAGUUAACUAACUUAUGUCUACUAUUACUCUUGAUUUACUGGUAAUCCUUUUUAAUGAUGUCAAAAGAGGGAAUACUGAUCUCAUGUGGAGGAAGGGACCUCAAGAGAGUAACUAGAACUGGAAAAAGUGUUAAUAAAGGUGUUACAGGUGUUGCACAUAUGUAAGCAUGUUGACAGGGGGAAGAAAAGAAAUGAUGUUGCAGGUAUAGAGGCAUGUUGGCAGGGGGAAGAAAUGGUGUGAUGAGCUACAGUAAAAGGGGAAGCAAACAUGUGGUCAGAAGAUUUUGCUGCAAAUGACAACAAGGGACCAGGUCCUUGUAUUGCAUGAUGAUAGGGGAACAUUCAUCUUCAAAGUGGUAAUCACACUGAUUAAAUAGAAUGGAUGUGUAUUGGUGCUCAAAGCUGUAUGAUUGGUUUGUCAUUAUCAAAAAGGCGAUGAUAGAGCAGCUAACUGCAAGGGACCAGGUCCCUGGAUGUUCAGGGUACAAUACAGCUGGCACGCGUGACUGCACAGUUUUGUCCUUUUGUAUAACAAACUUGCAGGUGCUGCUUGUAUUGAUUAAGAUUUAGGACAGCUGGUCCAAUGAUAUUUCAGCCCUAAUCAUCACUCAUCCAUAAAAGGGAAAAAAUGCUUCUUCAUCAAAUAGUUUUGGACAAUUACAAAGAGUGAAGAGAGGUCGCAAAAAUCUCAUCUCAACACUGCUCAAGUUCUUAGCUACUUAUGUGUGCUUAAAUAGAAAUUGUUCUUGAGUGAGUUCUGAUUUGUAAACGAAUUACUCAGAGUAAUGAACCUUUAAAUAAAAGUAACUAAUUAGAGUUAAUCAGUGAAGAGAGUCCUUGACAGAGUUGCCAAGAUGAGCUUGUAGUAGAGUUAUUACAAGCGAAAGGAACCUAGAGUUUUGGGAUUCACUGAAGGCUGUAAUCAAGAGCUUGAUUAUAGUGGAUUUGGAGGUGCUUGUGGGGGCAAGUCGUGGUUUUUCCCUUCCUUGAGCAAGGGGGAUUUCCACGUUAAAUUUUGUGUGUUGUUACUUUCCUGCACUGCCUUAAUUUUCUAGCACCUCAUAGUUGCUUUAUUGUUCUAUGGUUUGUGAUUGACUUUGAGGGACUUGGUCCCCGACUGUGUGGUGUAACCCCCAAGGAUUCCAACACAUGUCUUGUUGUAGUUUAAGAUUUUGUAGUAGGUGGCUUUCAGAGAAAGCUUGAGCAGAAAUUUCGCAAGCAGUGAACGUGUUAUUUUACCUGUUCUUUGAUCAAUAAUUUGUCAGCUUAAUAUAGAAAUUAUUUCAUUUCCUGGUCCCUAGUUUUGGCAAUGAAAAGUUCAAUUUUUUUUGAAAUGGUAAAUAUUACUGAUGUCAAAACCAGCAACAAGAAAGUGUUGUGAUUACAUCCAAAAAAGCAAAAGAAAGUGAACCCUGGCCACCUAUACGAAAGUAUUUAUGAAUCGUAACAGGGUUUCAGCAUCCUCAACUAUAUCCGUUUUGCACCAGCAAGAGACAAUAAAUAUAAAAUCAGAUUUGAGUUUCCAGAUUGAGCUCUUUUGCAAACAUCUUCUAUUCCUCUCCUUCCGGAUACUCCACCAUAUGCAGGUAUGCUGUUCCAAGCCUUCUCUUAGUGUUUGGGGAGACCAUUUCUACUCCAGCAGUCUGUUGUCGACCUUGGUGUAACCCAAUUCAAACCCAGGAAGUUAAGAAAUAUAUGCCAAACUUGUGAAGUAAAAGAGCAAUGCAAGAACAGAUGACUGUUGCUUUCUCUAUUUACCUUGCACAAAAAACCUCUGUUCACUAACUAUGUACCUCUUUUUUGUAGGUUCUCUCUAGUUAAACAAGCUUUCUUGAUGACAAGCCAUUUAAAACACGUUACUUUGGCAGGAGCUUUGGAAUUUAUAUCUGCUCUUUUGGAGAACCUGCCACUUGAGUGUUCAUUUGGUCCCAUUUGAUCUUCACUAUUGUUUAAGCCAUCAAAGGAAGACAGCACACAGAAAAACUCUUCAAUCCUAUCAAGCUCCUAAUCCUUAAGACUACUCCUAAAAGUGAAGUUUCAAACAUCUCAUUCUCUGCUUUGUGCUAGUGAGAGCUCAUUAUUCUGUGUUAAGUUGUACAGGGAGAGUAAUUGAUCUCUUAAGAGGUGAGUGUUCAAUCCAGAAGGAUAUCGUCUUGCCAUUGCUUAUUUUAUAGCCCUGGAAAAAAUAUUGGGCAUAAAACUUUGAUCUUCUCCUAUUUCAAUCCCUAUUGGAGAAGGUCCUUCAAAAAAAAGUUCAACUUGGGUUCGUCCAUUUCUAGUAAUGUUUUAAGUAGCUGAGUCUCGAUGGUUUGAACAUAAAAAAGUACAUUUUGUGGUUGAAUAUAGAUGCUUGCAAAGUUUGUAUCAUUCGAUGAAUGGAGGUUUAGUCUGUAAUAUGAUUACUUGCUGAACUUGUUGAAUUGUUUGAGCAUAUGAUGUGAAACAAGUUCCCUUUUUUAAGA